CAGACUGAUAGAUGAGAUGAGGAGGGGGUUGUGUCCUGUCCUGUCCUGCUCUCCAGGAUGUCUUUGUUAUGCAACCUGGUCCUGGUUGAGACCAUAGAUGAUGAAUAGAGCACAGAACCUGGAGAACAUGUCAUAACACAGAGGAUCCAGACUCUUCCAGACUCUCAGUGCUUUAUUCACCCACCUGUUGACUGAAGGUCCUCCAAACAUUCUGUCACUCCUAGACAUCAUGUCCAUCGCACUCAAACAAGUGUUUAACAAAGACAAGACGUUCCGGCCCAAGCGUAAGUUCGAGCCGGGCACUCAGCGCUUCGAUCUGCACAAGCGGGCGCAGGCAUCGCUCAACUCGGGCGUGGAUCUGAAAGCAGCCGUCCAGCUGCCGCACGGUGAGGAUCUGAACGACUGGGUGGCUGUGCACUUGGUGGACUUCUUCAACCGGAUCAACCUCAUCUACGGGACAGUGUGCGAGUUCUGCACGGAGAAAAGCUGUCCGGUGAUGUCAGGCGGCCAGCGAUACGAGUACCGAUGGCAGGAUGAGCACAAGUACAAGAAGCCCACGCCGCUGCCUGCUCCAAAGUACAUGAACCUGCUGAUGGACUGGAUAGAGAUGCAGAUCAAUAACGAGGACAUCUUCCCCACCAGCAUCGGAAUUCCCUUCCCAAAGAACUUCAUCCAGAUCUGUAAGAAGAUCCUGUGUCGUCUUUUUCGCGUGUUCGUGCACGUCUACAUCCAUCAUUUCGACCGGAUCCUCCUGAUGGGAGCUGAAGCGCAUGUCAACACCUGCUACAAACACUUCUAUUACUUUGCCACUGAACUCAACCUUAUAGACCGCAAAGAGCUGGAGCCGCUGAAAGAAAUGACCUCUAGAAUGUGUUUGUGAGCACCAGUGUCUGGACCAUUUCCAAAAACUCCACCUGAGAGGCUUUUCUCAGGAGCUUUAAUCCUUGAACUGGACAUUGCCGUGGAAAUGAGGUCAUCACCGGGGUGAUUCCAGAGCCUGGUGACAUCAUCACUGAACCAGACUGAACUGUAAGGAUGAGGCAGAGAGACUGACAGUGAGCACUGAUGCAGCGCCAUCUAGCGGUGAGGCGCGUUACUCACACUGUGCUAUCAGAGCAGCUGUUUCAUUCAGACAUCUGCUCAAACCCACACUAAGAAGGGGACAGGGGACUGUGAGGUUUGGAUGAGCUGCUUUCAUUCAUCUCCAUGUUGCUUUAUUUCUGUUUGUGUUGCACUGAAAUGAAUGGUUAAGUUUUAGUCACUGGAUAGUCUAUCUGUCUUAUAAAUCUGAUGCUCAGUUCAGCAUUGGAACUUAAUUCUGUGAACUGGACGUCAGUAUUCAUUGGCCAAUCACAGUCUGAUAGUGUGUUCAUCUUCAGUUGAGGAGAAUUGAAAUGGUCACACAGUAACUGUCGGAUCUGCUCUGAUUCUGUUCAGAUCUCUCGUUUGCAUUCUGUUACUAAACCACUAAUAUAAAUUAAGUUUGUGGUGUUGUGUGAGUUCCAGCUCUCGUCUAUCUUUUUUUGUUUGAAACAUGAGCCUGUAAGUUUCAUUAAUAAUGCAAUAAAGAAUAUUUUGAUUGUGA